AUGACUACCCAGGCACUACUGCGAGCCUUCCUCCUGCUCGUCGCCGUCCUCCUUCUGGCAAGUAGGGCAAUUGCACAAAACAACAAUGCCAAACACAUGUUACAAGCACCCGUACCCGCCGAGCCAAUAGCAGCGCUCUCAGCCGGCUGGGCGCUCCAGACGACGCCCUGCCCCGCCAGCACCCACGGCGGCCCCCCGCGGGCCACUGCUGCCCGCACGGGGCUGCGCUGGUCGAAGCGGGACGAGUGUGUGCGCGCGGUGGAGGCCCGCCCGGCGUGUGCGGACACGGCGUGGGUGCUGUGGUUGGACGAGAGGGACGGCGGGAGGUUCUGCUGCGGGAGCGGGGGCGAGGAUGAGGAGUGUCUGGGUGUGCGCGACGGCGGGGGCGGCAGUGACCUGCGGAGGAGGCAGGAGACGACUGAGGCGCCGAUUACGUCUACGUUCGUGACUACAGUAUCGCCGACCGCGACCACGUUGGUUUAUGCUUAUUUGACGACGUAUUGGACAAACCAUUAUACUACUACUGGCACAAUUACUAGAACGUCGGGCGAGCCGGGCGCUUUGGCUACAUAUGUCGUCCACAACGAACACAGCGCCACCCUCUUCACCACCCUCGUCUCCGUCGCCCAAUCCCGCAGCACCUCCAUCACCACCCGCACCCCCAGCACCUCCCGCAUCACCCCCACCCCAAUCACCACCGACGCCCCCCUCCCCACCACCCUCCCCACCGACACCCCCAUCACCACGCCCACAAAGUCCUCCCGAAACCGCAACCGCACCAUCGGCAUCGCCGUCGCCACCGCCGGCGCCGUCGUGGCGCUCAUCGGCUUCAUCUGGCGCUGCCACUCGCGCCGCCGCCGCCGCCGCCGCAGCGCCACGGACGUGCUCGAGGCCGACGGCGUGGCAAAGAGUGCGCCGGCGGAGCUGCCGGUCGUCACGACGCAGCAGAUCAUGGUGGGGGGCCAGGGGCAGGGGCAGGAGGGUGCGGGUGCGGGUGCGGGUGGGGCGCCGGCGCAGGGGACGUAUACGUGGGAGUUGGUGUAUCGGCCGCCGGUUGUGGAGGGGCCGCCGGUGGAGCUGCCGGCGGGGCAGGCGGCGCAGGAGUUGGAGGCGGGGAGGGGGAGGGUGGAGGAGGCGGGGAGGAGGGGGAGUAAUAUUGGAGGGAGGAGAGAAAGGGGGUAA